AGCAAAGUUCUAUCAGUCCAUUCUCAACCUCAACACUUCUCGACAACAUGAAACUAGAAUUUGCAUUGGCUAGCUUUUUAUUCGUAGGAGGUUUUGAAGGCUCUGAUCGGCAGUUUAACGUUGUAUGUCCUGAAAGCGUAGAUGGGUUUCCAGUAUUUGUUCCACAUCCCACAGAUUGCACCAAAUACUAUGAAUGUGAUGGGAAUUGGCCAAUAUUAAUGGACUGCGCUCCUCCUUUGUACUUUGAUGCUAAUUUAAAUGUCUGCAACUGGCCAAGUCAAGUGGAUUGUCAACAAACUACGACAGGAACAGGAGCAGCAAGCACCACAGCCUCCUACAACACUACAUCUACUACACCAUCCUACAAUACUACACCUUCUUCACCUUCCUACAAUACUACAUCUACUACACCAUCCUACAAUACUACAUCUUCUUCACCUUCCUACAAUACUACAUCUACUACACCAUCCUACAAUACUACAUCUUCUUCACCUUCCUACAAUACUACAUCUACUACACCAUCCUACAAUAUUACAUCUACUACACCCUCCUACAAUACUACAACUACUACACCCUCCUACAAUACUACAUCUACUACACCCUCCUACAAUACUACAUCUACUACACCCUCCUACAAUACUACAUCUACUUCACCCUCCUACAAUACUACAUCUACUUCACCCUCCUACAAUACUACAUCUACUUCACCUUCCUACAAUACUACAUCUACUACACCCUCCUACAAUACUACAUCUACUACAUUCUCCUACAAUACUACAUCUACUACCCCUUACUACAAUAAUACAACUACUACACUAUCCUACAAUGCUACAUCUUCUACACCUUACUACAAUAAUACCACUACUACACUAUCCUACAAUGCUACAUCUACUACACCAUCCUACAAUUCUACAUCUACUUCACCUUCCUACAAUACUACAUCUACUACAUUCUCCUACAAUACUACAUCUUCUACACCUUACUACAAUAAUACAACUACUACACUAUCCUACAAUGCUACAUCUACUUUACCAUCCUACAAUACUACAUCUACACCCACCUACAAUACUACACACUCCUACAAUACUACAUCUACUACAUCCUUUUACGUAACUUCAGAGAACCACAUCAAAGAUGGGAGGAAAGUUGUCGCUUGCCAUCCAAGUACAGAUGGAUUUCCUGUAUUUAUACCCCAUGAAACGGAUUGUACCAAAUAUUAUAUGUGUAAUGGAGAUAUCCCAAUUUUAAUGGAGUGCCCAAGUCCGUUGUAUUUUGACCCAGAUGAAAAUGUUUGUAACUGGCCUCAAAUUGUUAACUGUAUUCCAGCUGAAAUGUAGAAUUGUAGAUAUAGACACUAAAAAUGCAUUCAUGUUUCAUCAAUUUAGUAGACAUGUAUAUAAUCAUUAUAUUUGACAAUUAGCAAUACAAAAUAUCAUUCUAAUAACUAAAUAAUUCAUAAUUGAUAUCUUUAAAUAAACAAUAUAUAUUAA